AUGAAGUUCUUCUACCAGGUCGUCACGACCCCAACCGCAGACACUCCCGGCACGGUCGUCGUCCUCAACUUCCCCGACAAGCGAUACUUUUUCGGUCAGAUUUCGGAGGGAACACAGCGAGCGUGUACGGAACGCGGUGUCAAGCUGACCUACCUGUCGGAUAUCUUCAUCACGGGCCGGACGGAAUGGGCCAACUUGGGUGGUCUGAUCGGUGUGAUUUUGACACUAGCAGAUGCAACAGCAAGCUCUGCAGCAGCCGUUGAGGAGGAAAACCGCAAAAGGGCAGAGCGGAGAGAGGCCUUGCGUGGUCAGGGCAAGUCGCAGAAAGAACCAGAGACUGGGCAGCAUCAUGUUGGGACAGGCCAGGAUAGAGUUGAUGUGACGGUUCAUGGAGCUACGAACCUCGCGCACACUAUGGCUACUGCCCGGCGGUUUGUCUUCCGGAAGGGCAUGCCGGUCUAUAUGCGCGAGUACGAUUCGCAAACCAUUGCGAAGCAGAUUCCGGCAGAUAAAGAAGAUCCUUUCGAGGAGCCUACAUGGUCUGACUCGAAUAUCAAAGUCUGGGCGCUGCCUGUCAGGCCCGAAUCAUCAUGCAGCCCCAAGCAGCCCUGCCAGCCGCGGGCACAGAGUCCUCGGAAGCGGAGCUUGGGCGAGUUCCAAGAGACUAUGGAUCAAGAUGAGCUCGAUCUCGACCAGCGGGCUAAAGAUCAGUUGAUGAGACAGUCUGUCGUGUCAGAUAUGUUCAACUCUUCAUGGAAGAUGGAUGCUUUAGUCGAGACCCCAUUGGCCCAGGUCAGGAUGCCCGCAGCUAUGUUUGUGCGCAACCCGGAGACCAAAGACAUUGAGCCCUAUAAGGGCCCUGCGCCGGGCGACAAGGGACCACUGCCUGACAUUAAGGUGCUAGUCCGGCAGCCGUGGCCCGGUGCGAUGGUGGACAAGCUGCCGCCCACUACUCCUUCGAAGGAAGCAGUCUCCUAUAUCAUCCGCAACCAGGACGUUCGAGGAAAAUUUGACCCAGCCAAGGCUCAGGCACUGAAGGUUCCUAAGGGACCAUCAUACGCCGCCUUGACUCGCGGAGAGAGUGUUCAGUCACAAGACGGCCAGACAAUCACCCCCGAUAUGGUGUUAGGCCCCACGCGACUUGGCAAGGGCUUUGCCAUAAUGGACGUGCCUUCGCCUGAUUAUGUUGAAGACCUGCUCAACCGGCCAGAAUGGAAGUCGCCUGCCGUGAUGACCGAGCUCAAGGCCUUCGUCUGGAUUCUGGGCUCUGGUGUGGGCGACCAUCCCAAGCUCCGUGAGUUUGUCGCGAGCAUGCCUCAAUGCAAACACACUGUUUCCAGCACAGACUACUGCCCGAACUAUCUGGCACUUACCAGUGCCGCAGAGUCUGCCAUCCGCUUGGCUCGUCUCAAGGGCGACAGCUAUUCGAUUCCCGUUCAUGACAAUGUAACUUUGCCUCAAAUCGGGCUCUCUGACAAUGGUUCGAGAACGAAGAAUAUUUCACUGGACUAUCUUCCGUUUGAACCCCUCACUCCAGGGUAUGUUGUUGACAUGGAACCGAACUUCAAGAUCAACAAGGAUGAGGCCUUGCAGCCCUUGAACACAGCAAAGACCUUGCAAAAGAUUCCGCGCUCUGUUGAGCAGCGGAUGGAGGUUAUUCGCACGCGUAUCCGCAAGCCCGAAUUCCAGAAGCAAUUAACAGAAGUUCGUCGGGAACUGCCUGGGGCUGAAGCUGAAAUUAUUGCUCUUGGCACAGGCUCAUCUGCCCCGUCCAAGUACCGCAACGUCUCUGCUACAUUGCUCCACGCACCUGGAUAUGGUUACUAUCUGCUGGACUGCGGUGAGAACACCCUUGGCCAGCUUCAGCGAGUUUUCGAAACAGAAAAGCUACGUGAAGUGUUGCGGAACCUGCGUAUGAUUUGGAUCAGCCAUCUGCACGCUGAUCACCACCUUGGUACUGCCUCUCUCAUCAAAGCCUGGUACCACGAGAACUAUGGAGCAGAUUAUAAACCAUCAUCUGAGCCUGAGACAGACAUGAAGGCCAUUCUCCGGGAGAAGCGCUUGUUUGUUGUCUCUGAGGAAAUGAUGAUCGCCUGGCUGGAAGAGUAUGCUGCCGUCGAAGACUUUGGCUUCGAUAAGAUUGUUCCUCUCACUGCACACCCUGCGCCCAAUGGUCCCUCCAUUAAAACUACAUUUACCUACCGACACCCCCGCAGUGGUGCUGCCCCUUACGGCCGAGACACGCCCAGCCGAACUGUCCUCGACUUCAAUGACCGCUCAUCUCCUCUCACCGUCCCUCUAAAGGAUGCCACUGGCCUGGAAGAUAUUCUCACCACUCGUGUGAGACACUGCAAGGGCGCUCUUGCCCUGUCCAUCGUUUUCCCAGAUGGGUUUAAGGUUUCUUACUCGGGCGACUGCCGCCCCUCGGACAAGUUUGCUUCCAUCGGCCGCGGCUCAACCGUGCUCAUUCACGAAGCCACCUUCCAAGACGACAUGGUAGGCUCAGCCCUUGCCAAGCGUCAUUCCACCUCCGCAGAAGCAUUGGAAGUAGGCCGCCGGAUGGGAGCUCGCGCCGUUCUCCUUACCCAUUUCAGUCAACGGUACCAGAAGAUCGCCCAUGUCGAUCAGCGCGCCGGGACAAUCCAACAUGAUGAAAUUACCUCGACGCGGCAAGCCAAGGCAGCCGCAGCGAGAGAGGCUGGUGAUGCCGACAUCCCCUUGGACGACGCCGGAGAACCAGCCUCUGAACCAGCCUCCGGUGCUCUCCUCCUAGAUGACAUUCGCUUCCCUUCUCCCGGUCGACCAGGUCUGCCACGCAGUGAUAUCCAUAUUCCCGGCAAGACCUCCCCCGUCGCGACUGCGAUGGACUACAUGCGUAUCAAGGUGGGCGAUCUAGCAUACGCACAGGCCUAUGCGCCUGCGAUCGAGAAGCUGGUUGAUCUCAUGGAGCGCCACGCCGAGCAGCAGGCGGAAGCGGCGAAGAAGAAGCUUCAGGAAGAAGAAGAGGCUCGCAAGUCAAAGAAGAACAAGAAGUUUGCCAAGGUGCAAGCUGCUGCUGCCGUGGCCGUUGCUGCUACGGUCGUUUCUGAGCCUGAUGAACCUCACAAGUCUGUAUUUAGUGCCAGUGAGAGUGAGAGCGGAUGGGAGACCAGUGAUUAUGAGGAGUAA